GCGCAACAUGUCAGCACCCCAUCGGCGGGAGUCAAAGUGAGUAAAACGUGCCUAAUGUGGAUUACUGCGCUCGCGAGGGUUUGGCGGGCGGUGCACGGUUUGAGCGGCACGUGUGAGACAUUGGGGUUCGUGAUGUGAUACAGCUUCGUAGAACUACUGGUCCUGGAUAAAGGUAGGUCCUUUUUAUGGCUUAUUGAUUGCUGGCCAGUAUGCAGGUGAGGGGGGGUAGGCGAUGAUGGCGAGGCUGUGGAUUUGCUCACUGGUUGGCUGGAGCGAUCGUCUGUCUUCCUGUUUUGGGGUUGAGCUCGGCAUGGCGACAUUAACGAUGCCUGGGAUGCUCACCGGUUUGGCGAUUUGCGCAACAGAACGUGCCGCAAAUGUCUCGGAGCGGCACCCGUAUUGAGAGCACUAGCGUGCUGAAUAAGGCACCAGUAUCAGUAAACC